CUCAACAAAGCGUUGUUAUACUAUGAGUAUGUCCUGACGUUGCCGCUAGAAGUGGAGCGUUACUGGCAUUCCGCGUGGUCGUGUGCCUCGGUCCUCUUUUUCCUCAAUCGUUACUUGACCAUCUUUGGCCACAUCCCCGUCGUCGUCGAAUUUUUUGGAGUAUUCCCUCAGCCGGUAUGUCUGCAUCCUCUCUGUACACCUGUAGUGAAAGGCUUAACUCGCUGGGCGGACAGCUGUAGGUCGCCUGCUCAUUAG